UAAGUGGGAAAGGCUCUACUUAUUUUGAAACCAUUUUCAUUAAUAUCACGUCCUUGUUUCCUUUCAAUCCUACGGGCUCCUGAAACCCUAAAACCUAGAACGCUGGCCGAAGAGGUUUUAGAGAGAGAGAGUCAAAGUUGAAAUCCACAACGCUGAAACUGUUCGCUUGUGGGCAAAGCCAUCUUCUCCCCCGGGAAUGUAAAACCUGGCAUCGAUUCUCUCUCGCUUUAAUAAGCGUUCACCUCUCUCGACAACCAUUGUUUCUCGAUUGGGCUUUUGUUCUUACAGCAAGGAAAUGGCCCCCACUGCUGGCGCAGAGACUGGAAGAAGCUUUGCAAGAAGAGACCAACUCCUAAAGAUACAAGCUGAGGUCCAAAAGAGAUGGGAAGAAAGUAAAGUUUUUGCUGCUGAAUCGUAUGAAAAACCCCCUGAACCAGGAGAGAGAUUCUAUGGUAACUUCCCUUACCCUUACAUGAAUGGUUACCUUCACUUGGGCCAUGCGUUUUCUCUGUCUAAACUCGAAUUCGCAAGUGCUUAUCAUCGACUGAGGGGUCGGAAUGUUCUUCUCCCAUUUGCUUUUCACUGUACUGGGAUGCCCAUUAAGGCUUCUGCUGAUAAGCUCAAUCGGGAGAUCGAACAGUUUGGGAAUCCACCUGUAUUUCCUGGCCCUGAAGAAGAGAAAGAAAGCAUGGUUGAGGCACAGGAGCCCCAAGGAGAGGGGGAUGCGAAUUUGGGGGCACCUGAUAAGUUUAAGAGCAAGAAAUCGAAGGCAACUUCGAAAAGUGGUGGAGAGAAGUAUCAAUGGGAGAUCAUGAGGAGUUUCGGUUUAUCAGACAGUGAAAUUGCAGAGUUUAGGGACCCAUAUCACUGGCUCACUUACUUUCCCCCUCUCGCUAUUGAAGAUCUCAAAUCCUUUGGCUUGGGAGCUGACUGGCGUCGAACAUUCAUAACCACUGAUAUGAACCCAUAUUACGAUUCGUUUAUUCAGUGGCAAAUGAGGAAGCUCAAAAACAUGGGGAAAAUUGUGAAAGAUGUGAGAUACACUGUCUUCUCUCCUAGAGAUGGCCAGCCAUGUGCCGACCAUGAUCGGGCCUCUGGUGAGGGGGUUCAACCCCAAGAUUAUACUUUGAUAAAAAUGGAGGUGAUCCCUCCAUAUACUGGAAAAUUGAAAGUUUUAGAGGGGAAGAACGUCUUUUUGGCAGCUGCAACUCUUAGGCCCGAAACCAUGUAUGCCCAAACAAAUUGCUGGGUCUUGCCUGAAGGAAAAUAUGGGGCUUUCGAGAUAAAUGAAACAGAUGUGUUCAUUGUCACCGAGAGAGCCGCUCUGAAUCUUGCUUAUCAGAAUCUCUCUAGGGUCCCCCAAAAGCCCACUUGCUUAGUUGAGCUAACUGGCCAGGAUUUAAUUGGUUUGCCCCUUAAGUCCCCCCUCAGCUCAAACAAAGUUAUAUACACUCUGCCCAUGUUGACAAUUCUUACUGAUAAGGGCACAGGGGUGGUAACCAGUGUACCUAGUGAUUCACCAGAUGAUUAUAUGGCCCUUCAAGAUCUGAAAUCAAAGCCACUUUUGAGGUCCAAAUAUGGGGUCAAGGAUGAGUGGGUGUUACCUUUCGAAGUGUUGCCUGUGAUAAAUAUACCGGAAUUUGGUGACAUUUCUGCAGAGAAAGUAUGCGCUGACCUCAAAAUAAAGAGCCAAAAUGAUAAAGAGAAGCUUGCUGAGGCAAAGAAGCUCACUUAUUUGAAGGGAUUCACAGAAGGGACCAUGCUUGUUGGGGACUUCAAGGGGAGAAAGGUCCAGGAAGUGAAGCCUCUGAUAAAGAGCAAGGUUUUGGAGAGUGGCCAGGCAGUUAUGUAUAGUGAGCCUGAGAAGAAGGUUAUGUCAAGGUCCGGUGAUGAGUGUGUGGUGGCCUUAACUGAUCAGUGGUAUAUCAUUUAUGGAGAGAAAGAGUGGAAAGCGAAAGCUGAAGAGUGUUUGGCUAGCAUGGAGCUCUACUCUGAUGAGACUAGGCAUGGUUUCGAGCACACCUUGGGAUGGCUUGAACAAUGGGCUUGCUCUCGCUCUUUUGGGCUUGGGACCCACAUCCCUUGGGAUCCACAGUUCAUCGUUGAAUCCUUGUCAGAUUCAACUAUUUACAUGGCCUUUUACACUGUCUCUCAUUUCUUGCAAGAUGGGGACAUUUUUGGUAAGAACCAUUCUCUAAUUAAGCCUGACCAAAUGACUGAUGAGGUUUGGGACUUCGUUUUUGGUGGAGAAAAGCACCCAAAGACCAAUAUCCCUCCCCAUCUUCUCAAAAAGAUGAGGCAAGAAUUCGAGUACUGGUAUCCAUUUGAUCUUAGAGUUUCGGGGAAAGACCUUAUUCAAAACCAUCUGACCUUCUCAGUCUACGUGCACACUGCCAUGUGGCCUAAGAAAUAUUGGCCUCGAGCCUUUAGGUGCAAUGGCAUGAUCAUGCUUAACUCCGAGAAGAUGUCAAAAUCAACUGGAAACUUUAGAACCUUGCGUCAGGCCAUUGAAGAAUUCUCCACUGAUGCCACUAGGUUUUCUCUAGCUGAUGCAGGAGAUGGCAUGGACGAUGCCAAUUUUGUCUUUGAAACCGCGAAUGCUGCUAUUUUACGCCUGACUAAAGAGAUAGCAUGGAUGGAAGAAGUAUUGGCUUCUCUACCAGCCUUAAGAGAGGGACCGCCUUCUACUUAUGCUGAUAGAGUCUUUGCUAAUGAAAUAAACAUCGCCAUUCAGGCAGCUGAGCAAAGCUAUGAUGCUUUGAUGUUUAGGGAAGCUCUCAAGACGGGUUUUUAUGACCUCCAAGCUGCGAGAGAUGAGUAUCGAUUCUCUUGUGGAGUUGGGGGAAUGAACAGGGACUUGAUUUUGCGAUUUAUGGAUGUUCAAACAAGGCUUAUUACACCAAUUUGCCCCCACUAUGGUGAGUAUGUGUGGAAAGAUCUCUUAAAGAAGGUUGGCUUUGCGGUGAAGGCAGGGUGGCCAGAAGCUGGUGCGCCUGAUCUCACUCUGAAACGUGCUAACAAAUAUUUGCAAGAUUCCACUGCCUCAAUGAGGAAGCUCCUUCAAAAACAAGUUUCGGGCUCGAAAAAACCCAAAAAGGGCGGGCCCUCCAUCUCCAAUGAAGAGAAGCCAACCAUAGGGUUAAUUUAUGUGGCUGAAAGAUAUGAGGGAUGGAAGGAGGAAUGCUUGAGAAUACUUCAGAGUAAGUUUGAUCAGGUGAGCCUUAGUUUUGCUCCUGAUGAAGAGAUUCUCAGUGCUUUAAAGACUAGCCCAGUUGGGCAAAUUGAGAAUUUCAAGCAAACCCAGAAGCUUUGCAUGCCAUUCUUGAGGUAUAAGAAGGGUGAGGCUCAAACUGUUGGGAUCCAAGCCCUUGAUUUGGAGCUUCCUUUUCGUGAAGUUGAGGUUCUUCAUGAGAACUCUGAAUUGAUUAAGAGACAGUUGGGUCUAGAUCAUGUGGAAGUGCUAUCUGCCUCUGAUGAAGCUUCUUGUAGUAGAGCUGGGCCACAUGUAUCUCUGCUUAGACAGAAUCCUCCAUCUCCUGGUAACCCUGUCUCCAUCUUCUUGACAAGCUCAGAGUUUCCUAUGAACUUCGCAUAGGUGCUUAAUAUUAUUAGCCCCAGAACUGGUUGUUGGUGAAUUUCUCCCUUUUUGCUUGUAAUGUACUUGCUGGAAUUUUGAUGGUAUUUAAUUGCUAAUUUCAGUCAUUGCUAUUGAAAUACACUCUUGCUUUACACAAGAUAAUUUUAUUGAUGUUGGAGUUGGAUGAGGUCUUCUGGUUGCAGUUUUGAAUUCUGUGUUGUACCAUGCUUAUGUUAAAAGUGCUUUCAUCCAUGCACAAAUGACACUAGCAAUAAUCAUCUCUCUUAAUU